AUGUGCUUCUGGCCCCGAAACACUGAGUGCCGCAUCCAGGAGGGUCCUGAUGCAGAGGACAACUCGCCCAUUAUGUCCUUAGCCGAUCAAGAUGUCACCGUCGUUCCUGCAUCUCUCCAGUCACCCUCUAACAUCAACCAAUCCAAGGACUUCAUUCGCUGCCUGCCACCUCACCUCUCCCUGUACAUCCUGGGGCUUUUGGAUCAAAAAUCCCUCGGUGCGUGUGCUGCUGUGUCUAGAUGCUGGGCUUUUCUGGCCAAGGAAGUCAAGAGGGAACGCGUGUGUCAAGGCAUAGUACAGGAGAAGAUCCUGUAUUUGCAGGGGUUGUGCCCUAGAGGAGCAGUUUCCAACUAUGCUAAAGAAGUCGAUGUGACAAUUCCGCAGUUAAAUGAAGAGGGUGAUGUCAUCGAAGUGAAAGGCCACAAUGGGGGAAGUAAAACGAAGGAGGAGGAAGACAAUCUGCAGGCAGCCUAUCAUGAUCUGCAAACUGACACGAUUCAGUUGGAAGAGAGAAAUGUCUUCUGUGGCUCCUACAAUACUCGUGUCCUCACAGAUCAAUCAGACCGGAGCAGAGUAAUCCAUUACAGCGGUGGAAACUUGGUAGCCAUUGGCUCCGCAGACCGAAAAGUGAGGUUUCUUGGUACGUCGGGAAUGAAAGAAGUGCCUCCUCUGCUUUCUGGCCAUGCUGGGAGCAUCAAAGCACUCUUCCUCAAUGAGAAGAAGGGGUUCGUUCUCAGUGCAAGCUUUGAUCUCAGCAUCAGAUGCUGGAAUAUAUACAGCGGUGCUUGUGUGAAAAUCUUUAAUGGUCACUGUGGGACAAUCACCUGCUUGGAUUUACAUGAAAAGGAGUUUGUGUCGGGAGCCAGGGAUGGGAUGGUGAAAGUGUGGAACCUGGAGAGUGGGAAAUGUCUCAAGACUCUGAAGCACAACAGUGCUGUUUGGGUAGUUAAAAUGGAUGGCACCCGUGUUGUCAGCGGGUGUGACCGAGGGCUGGUGAAAGUCUGGUGUGCUGAUAAGGGCACUCUGAUCAAAACAUUAGAGGGGCACCAAGGCCCAGUUAAGUGCUUGUCGUUUGACCAGUGGCACCUGGUGACAGGAAGCACCGAUGGAUACGCCCUGGGAUGGAGCAUGUUGGGAAACCUCAAGAGAUGCCUAAUAGCUUACCGCCACCCUAAGGAAGUUCUGUCUCUGGAGUUCCUCUAUCUCAGAGUCAUCAGCGGCUGUGCCGAUGGAAAGAUUCGUAUAUUUAACUACCUGACUGGAAGCUGCCUGAAAGUGUUGAUGGCCAACAGCAGAGGGGACCCCGUAUCUUCUUUCUAUGUUGGAGAAAACAGGAUGGUGAUCAAUUCACCAACUAGUCUACUGAUGUUCCAGUUUGAGGAUGUCAGGUGGGACUAUACCUUAGACACUGACCGAGAGAUGGUGGGCAAGAAAAGACAGCGCAACGGGACUUCAAGCAGAACACCGCUUCGCCUUCAGCAAACGAUUCGCCACGACCUCAGCCAGAUGCAUCGACUUGCUCUGGAGACACGAGAUGGCAAAUCUGAACACGGGCCUUCUCUCUACGUACCUGCACGUCCUGGCAGGGCAGAAGCCACUUUGCAGCAUGAAAAGAGAAGAGGCCCAAGUUGUCCAAUGUCCCCCGACAAGUUCCUCUUAACUGUCAGCAUGCUGCAGAACGCCUGCAGGUCAGCCCUAGCCAGCUCCGACCCUUCCCGGAGUGACGGUGGGUUCAGGCUUCUGACAGGAAAACAGAAGGAGGUGCAUGAGGCAGCUACUGUAGCUCAGUAUCGGGCACACCAGACAAAGCUCACAGAAGAUCAGCAAAGAGCAUGCAAGAAGGCCUGGUUAAGGAAAAUUAAAGGCCUACCUGUAGACUCUUUUACUGAGGAGGGGAAAAUAGCUGCUCCCGAGCUUGGGCUUAAUACAUUUAUCUAA